AUUCAUAAUUGUACUAACAGGGAGGAGAGAAAUACACUACCAAAUCAUAUCUUGUAUCUACAUCUCUCUCUCCCCUAUUCUCGUGGUGUUUUAGUUUUAAGAGAGAGACUGAACCACUUUAUAAUGCAAACGGAACUCUUGUUCACUACUCAAUUUCUACACACGAAAUGUUGGUGAAGUUGCCGGAAAAAUACAUUAUUUGGCCGGAAUAUCAGGAAUCGAAGAUGAUCCAUGAUGGGGUCGUCGGAGCUCAGCCGGAAUGUUGUUCGGAGAGGACAGUGGUGGUAGGAGUGAAGAUGGACCCACACAGUAAAGAAUUACUCACGUGGGCUCUCGUUAAGGUUGCCGAAACCGGUGAUCGUGUCAUUGCUCUUCAUGUUCUCGGUGAUCAUGAAAUUGUGGAUCAAGAUGGGAAAUCAUCUCUGCUGUCGCUGGUGAAAGCUUUCGACUCUGUUCUUGCUGUUUAUGAAGGGUUCUGCAACUUGAAACAGGUGGACCUCAAACUCAAGAUCUGCAGAGGGUCAUCAGUUCGAAAGAUACUAGUUCGUGAAGCAAAAGCUUACUUUGCAACUGAGCUUAUAGUGGGAACUGCUCGAACUCAUCAUUCACUUCGCUCAUCUGUCUCCGUGGCAAAAUACUGUGCUAAGAAACUAUCAAAAAAUUGCUCUGUACUUGCUGUUAAUAAUGGAAAAAUUGCAUUUCAUAAGGAAACUUCUUCAAGAUCUAAUGUCGGUGCUGCUAAAGGAGCUGAAGAGCAUCACAGGAACGGUAUAUUGUCUGCACUUCAGAGCUCAGUAAGUAAGGAACACGAGAUAUUGCUUGACAGAAGUUUGGCAAAUUCCAUGUUGAAAUGUGAACAUAAUACUUCUACAAAUUCAAGCCAGAAUUCAUCAAAAAUAGGCUCUGACCGGAAUGAGAGUGUCAAUAUAUGUUCAAUCUGCUCACCUGAUUGUCGUUCUGUGGAUAAUACAUGUGCCUCACCAAAAGAAGAGUCUUCUGCUGACGGUGAUGAAUGCAAUUCUAUGGCUAUAGUGCCUCUACAGAAGCCAGAAGUUUCAUCCAGUUCACGGUCUCUGUCUACAAAAGAGCCACCUGAACUGAAACCUGGAUGGCCACUUCUCUGCCGAGCUAUUUCAACAAAUUGGGAAACUAGCAGAGCUAUGUUCCCCUACGUGAGGCAGAUCUCUGUUGUUCAGUGGGCAAUGCGGUUGCCUAGUAGAAGUUGUCAUUCAAGCUUUGAUUCUAGUGACAAACAAAGCUAUUUUCAGUGUGAUGAAGGUCAGUUUUCGAAAUUAAAUGGCGAAACUGGUGCAAUUGUUCCAGUUGGCAACGGAGCUUUCAUUUCACCAUCUUCUCCAAGUAGUAGUACAAAGAAUUUACCAGAAGAACUGGUGGGUCUUCAUGAAAAGUACUCCGCAACUUGCAGAUUAUUUCAAUACAAUGAGCUUCUUUCAGCAUCAUCCAAAUUCAGUCCUGACAACCUGAUUGGAAAAGGAGGGAACAGUGAGGUUUACAGAUGUUGUCUACCUGAUGGCAAAGAACUUGCUGUGAAGAUCCUCAAGCAAUCUGAAGAUAUUCUGAAAGAGUUUGUUUUGGAGAUUGAGAUUAUUACUGCUUUAUGUCACAAAAACAUCAUCUCUCUUUUUGGAUUCUGUUUUGAGGACAACAACCUCAUCUUAGUUUAUGAUUUCUUGUCGAGAGGAAGUCUUGAGGACAAUCUUCAUGGUGACAAGAAAGAUCCUCUUGCAUUCGGAUGGAGUGAGAGAUAUAAGGUGGCUGUGGGUACAGCUGAGGCUCUUGCAUAUCUGCACAAUAAUAGUUCCCAACCCGUGAUCCAUAGGGAUGUAAAAUCCUCAAAUAUUCUCCUUUCUGAUGAUUUCGAGCCACAGCUCUCUGACUUUGGACUAGCUAAAUGGGCAUCAACCACCUCAUCAUACUUGACAUGCACUGAUGUAUCAGGAACAUUUGGUUACUUGGCUCCUGAAUACUUCAUGUACGGAAAAGUGAAUGACAAGAUCGAUGUAUUUGCAUUUGGUGUUGUACUACUUGAACUUCUUUCAGGACGAAAGCCUAUAAGCAGUGAAUAUCCUAAAGGGCAAGAGAGCUUGGUUAUGUGGGCAAGACCAAUUUUGAAUGGAGGAAAAUUUGUCCAAAAUUUGGACCCUAGCUUGGACAGCAACUAUGACCAUGACCUGAUAGAAAGGAUGGUGUUAGCUGCAACCCUCUGUAUCAGACGUUCACCACGGGCUAGGCCACAUAUCACCCCUAUUUUAAAGCUUCUCCAAGGUGAUGCUGAGAUGGUCAAGUGGGCAAGACUCCAAGUGGAUACUUCAGAACCGUGUGAUGCUAUGUUACAAAAUAGUGCUUCAGAAGAGAGUGAUACAUUUGAUGAUGAAGGAUUAUCACAUUUAAAUCUUAAAAACCAUCUAAACCUCGCAUUACUUGAUGUUGAGGAAGAGUCUCUUUCCACGAGCAGCAUUGAGCAAACUAUCUCACUAGAAGAUUAUCUGGGGAACAGAUGGAGCCGCUCAUCAAGCUUUGACUGACUAUCAAUCAUAACGGGUCAACAAUUCUUUUGUAUAUUCCCUUGUUCCCUUUAACUUGGCUUUGCAACUUCCGAAUGCUUUUUUAUGGGUUUUAGAUGAGAGGUUGUUUGCUGGUUUGCCCUCCUCCCCCGCGCCUUGUUUCCUGUAGUUAUAAAAAUGUUAGUUCAGCUCUCUCCUAAAUUGGAAGUUUGGAACUAUAAAUUUGUACUUGCUGCGAUGAUUAGGAAGUUACUGAUGAAGUGGUGUAACAGUGUAUGAAACGAGCACCUACAUGUAUACUUUUGUUUAAGGUAAAUAAUAGUGAUUAUGCUUUUUGAUCGUUA